AAAUCAAGGUCAAUAUGGAGGAUCUUGAGAGCGAGCGGGUUAAAAACCUCCCGGCAUUUUCGAUGUGUUUCACUUGAGUUUGAAGAAUCGAAGAAGAGACAUUUCCACUUAUCCACAAUGGCAGUUUUAGUGAAAAUAUGUUGCUGCGGAUGCAGUCUACGAAUCGGUGCUUUGCUUAUUGGAAUCUUCGGCCUGAUCUUCCAAGCAAUCAUACUUUACAACCAAAGUAAAGCUCUCAUAAAGUACAACCAGGCUAACAUAGACUGGGACAGCUACGAAGGAUAUCUCCCUGUAGACAAGAAGCACAUCCGCGCGAUCAUCGCAUUGGCUUAUGUAACCCUCGCCUUCAAAGUGAUUUCAGUCCUAUGCAAUGUGUCAUUGCUAAUAUCCGUUGGCACGAAAAACAUUUAUUUGGCUGUGGUCUGGCUGGUGUGGAACAUUCUUGAUUUUGCAUGCUCUGUUGUAGUGACAAGUUUCCUGUUGUCCGUCUCCGACGUGUUUAUAUAUGCAGAUAUUUUGAUAAUCCUGUGGUGGUUGCUUACGAUCUAUUUCAUGAUUGUGGUUCAUUCGUACAUAGAGGCCCUCCGUGAAGAUCCAUCAGGGGCAAGCGCCGGUUUUCCUAGAGCACACGUUUACCAGUUUGAAAUGAUUGGUUUACGAUAUGCUCGCCCAUGCGCACUACCACCAAACACAGCUGUGACGUCACAUAUUGGUGUAGGAUACCCUCCCGCAUGCGCAGUACCGGACAAGAAUACCAUGACGCCACAGGCUGGCUAUGUUUAUCCUCCUCCAUAUCCAGCUUUGACGUCAUAUACUGACGUAGGAAACCCUCCUCAUCAUCCAAUGGCUGGUAAGAUUACCCUGUCGUCAUACGACGACACUGGAUAUCUUCCUUCACAUACAGCACAUGGCAGAACUACCAUGACGUCACAAGAUGGCUCAGGGCAUCCUCCUGCUUACACAGAUCCUGGCACGACCGCUGUGAUGUCUCAGAAUGGGAAUUCUUCUCAACACACAGUACCUGCCAAGGCUAUGGUGACGUACGUAGGCUCUGAGUGAUGUCAUGAUAAGCUGUGAAUGACGCAAGAGCUCACCGGUCACUGACAAGCCUGAAAAACGACUGGGCAUGAUAAACAUUCUAAACCAGUUAAUUUAUGUAAAUGUAAAAGUGGCCCCAGAAUAAUUCUAAGUAAUUUCUUAAGUUUGCAGUAUUUUUUUUCACGUUAUCAUUCCCUGGUAUGGUUAUAAAUCAUAUUUCAAGAUUUUUGCAUGUAACACAUUAUAAGAUAAUGUUAACCUUUGCGCCGAUUGGCGCGCUAAUAGCUAGUUAUUAGGCAGUAUUCACCAGCAAGCGAAACUAAAUGGCCUUGGUGUACAAAAAAAUGAAAUGAAGCCUUUUUGCAUCCUUAAGUUAAUAGGAGGUAUUUCGGGACACUUUGAAAGUUGAUUUAACGUAAUAGGCCUAGAAUUCCAGUUGAUCAAGAUCACUGUAAAUUAAAAAAAAACAUAAAUCUA